AUCCGCAUAGCCGGUUUCUUCUUUUUUUAGAAAAUCAGGUUUUCGAUUUUUGGUUGCCUUGCGAUUCUCUGUUCUUCCAUAACCCUUUUCACGUCCAGUGGGUUUGCCGCAGCGAACCCAUUGGGACGAAAACAAUUAGAAUCGUGUUUUUGAAUUCUCUGAUUUUCAUGAUAGCGCCAAUGGCGCUUCUAUGAUUUUCGUUCUACUUCGUCGCCUUCGCCUCCUUACCGGCUGUUUCAUGGUCGUCUUUCAUCAACAUUUACCCGCUCGAUCUUCAACUCUUCCUCUUUCCGGCAAGGGCUCCUUUUAGGGCAUGCGUUCUUGCUUCGUCUGGGCUCCUUCUGCGGGUCGAUUUUGGUGAGAGGUUUGAAAUCCUUGUGUUCAAGGUGUUCUAUUCGGGUUAUCUGUGUCGAUCUUAGCAAUGGGUUCGAAAGGAAAUGAUAUGGGGGGCACUACGAUCCCAAAGGAGACACAGAACCAGGAUAGAACUCCGAACUCAAAGGUGGCUGGUAUGGGAAGCAUUAGCAGCAAAGAUAUGGUAUUCAGAGCAGAUAUGAUAGAUUUGAAAACCCUAGAUAUGCAGCUGGAGAAACACUUUAGCCGUGUUUGGUCAAUGACCCAGAAUCAAAGGCCAAAGGAGGAGUGGGAGAUUGAUUUGUCUAAGCUUGACAUUCAAAAAGUUAUUGCUCAUGGGACUUACGGAACAGUAUAUAAGGGUGCAUAUGACAACAAAAAGGUUGCAGUGAAACUGUUGGACUGGGGGGAGGAUGGUCUUGCCACUACUGCUGAAACUGCUGCUCUGCGGGCAUCGUUUCGGCAAGAGGUUGCUGUUUGGCACAAGCUUGAACAUCCUAAUGUUACAAAAUUUGUUGGAGCUUCAAUGGGUGCUACAAAUCUUAAGAUUCCUUCAACUGAGGAUCAAAAUUCACUUCCAUCUAGGGCCUGUUGUGUGGUUGUUGAGUAUAUUCCUUGUGGAACAUUAAAACAAUUAUUGAUAAGGCACAAGAAAAGGAAACUUCCCUUUAAGGAUGUGGUUCAGUUAGCUUUGGAUCUCUCCAGAGGGCUUAGCUAUCUUCACUCCAAGAAGAUUGUGCAUCGUGAUGUCAAAACUGAAAAUAUGUUGAUAGGUGCUCAUAGAUCUCUCAAAAUUGCUGACUUUGGGGUUGCCCGUGUUGAAGCUCAGAAUCCAAGAGACAUGACUGGGGAAACUGGUACCCUUGGAUACAUGGCCCCAGAGGUUCUUGAAGGGAAGCCAUACAAUAGAAGAUGUGAUGUCUAUAGCUUUGGCAUCUGCUUGUGGGAAAUUUACUGCUGCGACAUGCCAUACCCCGAUCUUAGUUUCGUUGAUGUGUCAUCUGCAGUUGUUCGACAGAAUCUGCGGCCCAGUAUUCCGAAAUGUUGCCCAAAUUCUCUGGCAAAUGUGAUGAGGAAAUGCUGGGAUAGCAAUCCAUCCAAGCGCCCUGAAAUGCAUGAGGUUGUGAAAAUGUUGGAAGCUAUUGAUACAAGUAAAGGAGGGGGGAUGAUUACUCGUGAGUACUUCUUUGGUUGCUUCUGUUUCAGGCCUUUCCACAGGCUCCGUGGUCCAUAAUUCAUUUAUGCUCUUAUCAUUUGAUGAUGUAGAAAUAAGGAGAGUCAAAACUACGAUGGUUUUUGUUUCUUUUGCGUCUUGUGUUGUCAUGUCAUGAUAUUUCUUAGUAACUGCUGAAGUUUGCUCUCAUAUUGUGACUGCAGUUACCAAUCUGUCUUUGUUUCAAAAUUUUUCAAUGAAGAUUUCC